CCGCGCGGAGGCCGACCUAGCCGCCGCUCUUCUCGUCCCCGCCCGUGGUCCCCAUCCGGGGCUGGCCUCGAGGGCAGCACCUUACCUGAGGACGGCCCACUGCCCCCGCCCGCGGCCCUUACGUGGGCCCGACCUCCAGAAAAAGUGUAGCAAUGGCUGCUGUUUAUUCUGGCAUUUCCCUUAAGCUUAAAAGCAAGGCAACUUCCUGGGAAGAUAAACUAAAACUAGCUCACUUUGCUUGGAUUUCCCACCAAUGCUUUCUUCCAAAUAAAGAACAAGUAUUACUUGAUUGGGCAAGACAGUCGUUGGUUGCAUUUUAUAAGAAAAAACUUGAGCUGAAGGAAGACAUUGUUGAAAGGCUUUGGAUCUAUAUAGAUAACAUUCUGCACAGCAGAAAAUUGCAGAAUCUCCUCAAGAAUGGAAAGACAAUUAACCUUCAGAUUUCCCUAGUCAAGAUCAUAAAUGAGAGAAUAGCCGAGUUCUCUCUUUCGGGAUCCCAAAGAAACAUCCGUGCUGUGCUGAGUUGCUGCCAGGGCAUCCUCUCAACACCUGCCCUUGCUGUCAUCUACACAGCCAAACAGGAGCUGAUAGUCACCUUGUUGAGCCAGCUGUGCUGGUCCACCUGUAGGCAGCCAGAAGAAGCUGUGGUACCCCAGUUAUUCGAGGUCAUUCACCUGGCCCUUGGCCAUUACAUCUUGAUCCAGCAGCAGCAGGUCAACCCAAGACGUGCCUUUGGGGAGGUGACUGGGCAUCUGCUCCAGCCCUGCCUAGUCCUGAGGCACUUACUUUCGGGGGGCACGUGGACACAGGGUGGCCAGGGCCAGCUGCGGCAGGCACUGAGCCGGGAUGUUAGGAGUCAGAUUGAGGCCAUGCUUCGAGGCGGAGCUUUUCAGCCCGAGCUACUCUCAUCCUACAAAGAGGAGCUCUUGGAGCAGCAGCAAGGUGACCAGAAGAUGGGGACCAUGAAGAAUCUUCUAGCUCCCAUGGACACUGUGAUUGCUAGAUUGGUAGAUACCAGCUACUGUGAACCAUCCCUUCAUGCUGCUGUUGUAGCCAAUUCAGUGGCCUUGCUAUAUAAGCUCUUUCUAGAUUCUUACUUCAAGGAGGGGAACCAGCUUCUCUGCUUCCGGGCACUCCCCAGGCUAUUUGGCUGCUUGAGGCUUUCCCACCUGCCAGAGGAGCAGAUAAAAGCCCUGUCCACCUCAGACUGGACCACCGAACUCCUGGUUGUGGAACAGCUAUUGAACUCUGUGGCCAACAGUAAUAUCUACAACAUUGCCACUGAUAGGAUUCGGCAUGGAGAAGCUCAGUUCCACUUUUACCGCCGUUUGGCUGAGCUGCUGAUAAACCAUUCCCAAGCCUCUGUGCCGGCCUGGUUCCGCUGCCUCAAGGUUCUGAUGUCUCUGAACCAUUUGAUUUUGGAGCCAGACCUGGAUGACCUGUUGGCUUCAGCGUGGAUUGAUGCAGAAGUAACAGAGUUUCGAACCCGAAAAGCCCAGGAGGCACUUAUCAACACUCUCUUCCAAACAUAUGUCAAACUCCGGCAGGUGCCACGGUUGUUUGAGGAGAUUUUGGAGGUGAUCUGUCGUCCGGCUGCUGAGGCGCUGAGGCAGCCAGUGCUGGCCGCAGGGCCCUCCAGGGUGCUCUGUGAGUGCCUCCUGGAGUUGCCCCCCAGUCAGGUCUUGGAUGCAUGGUCCCUUGUGCUGGACAAGUUCCAGUCUUUGGUCUUGCCUUCUCUGCGAGCCGAUGUCGACAUGGCCCUGAAGUCCCUGUCCCUGAGCUCGCUGCUGCACUGCGUCAUGUUCAAUAUGAGGAGUCUGGACAAUAGCACACCUCUGCCUGUCAUCAGACGGACACAGUGCACGAUGGAAAGGAUGCUCCAAGAGCUCGUGAAGCCCCUGCUGCACCUUCUCCUGGACUGCCAGGGCCCAGACUGUGAGCUGUGGCUACAGAAGGUCAGUGACUCUGCGCUCCUGCUCUCAUACACCUGGGCCCAGGUUGAUGCCAUGCUUAGUCUAAACUGUAGCCAGUAUCACUCUGUGUCUGGGGCCUUUACUGGUGGUGUUCCAGAGGUCUCUGACCUCCCUUCAUUGCUCCCAGGUAUAGAAACAUGCCACUGGAAGAAGAUAGAAAAGCUUGUGGCUCAAUUUGACACUCUCGGCAGAUAUUGCUUAGAACACCUCUACCUGCAGAAAAUGAAAAGGACUUUGGUGCAGACUAGUUUCCUGUCUGAAGCAGCCCUCCACACUCUUAAGUGUGAUGCUGCCUACAUUCUUGGUUCUGGCAGAGAAAGCUUGAUUCAGAGGACGGCAGCUUCCUGGGAUGGUGAAGUGGGGACAGUGAGUGCACUCACAUACCCCGUAGCACACUGGCACUUGGUUAUGUCAAAUCUCUCCGUUUUAAUAUCGUACCUCUCUCCAGAUGAUGUGAGAUACCUGGCUGAUGUCCUGCUAAGAACUUUACCAAUGAGCAGAGCCCAGGAAGGCUCAGCAGAUGAGGAGCUAAAUGUCACACUUGAGAACAUAUCCAAGGCCGUCCUUCACAGCCCUCUCUUUCCAGAAAUGCAGUCCCUUCAUUCUGCUUUCUUAAUGUGCCUAACUGCAAGAUGUACUAGCAUUCUGUGUUCUGGUGUCCAGAGUGACUCUAGUCUUCUUAGUCAGCAGCUUCCCUGGCUUUUUGUAAAGGACCACAUGGUUGUGGCUCACUGGGAAAACAUAUUUGCAAAAGUUGGACCUGAUGUUGUAGAACCAAGAGGAGAAAUUGCCCAAAACUUAUUGUCCUUGGUCAGGAGCGACUUUCCCAUUCAGCUGGAGGGGGAACAAUUAGACAGCAUCCUGCGGCUUUUAGAAGUUGUUUCUACUCUGCAACUGGACAACCUCUUGAGUCCCCAUCAUGUGUGUUAUUUUCUUCUGUUACUGUCCAUGGCCAUCAGCAAGGUGGGGGGCUCUUGCUCCUCCUCACUGAACCUCAAGUUUUUGAUGACUUGCUACCAGCUCCUUGCUUACCUGCAAAGGGGCAAAAGUGCCCGCUCAGUGCUCAAAGUCAUGUACAUUAGUGAUAUUUUUGAGAUUGUACUGACCUCAUUGUUCAAAAUGAGUAGUAGAUUUCUUAUUGAUAUGGAUGACCCUUCUUGGUUGGAAUUCCUCCAAGUGAUAGGGACAUUCUUAGAACAGCUCAUGCAGUUGCUUAUCCAGAUAAAGCUGAGCUUGGUGCUCAAUUUUGGGAAAAUCAUCGCAUUCCUCUCAAGGUGCAAACCGUACACUGAAGCAACUUCAGGCAAACAAUUGGAAAAUCAAACUCCUCUGGGCAGGCAGCUCCUUCUGGUGUCUUUAACUAAGUUAUGCCAAGUCCUGGGGCCUUUUGUUAAAGAAUGGAUGCAGCAACACGAGGCCACAGAAGCACUGCCUGAGCUGUUGCAGCAAGCCAUUCUCCAGACUGGAGUUGUGCUCCAGCUCUGCUUGGUACAUGGGGCGCAGGGCCGGCGCCUUCCCUCUGCCUUCAUCUCGUCGGUUAGCACACUCUUGGAAGCAGAUGUGGGCCAGCACUCCAGGCACCACGGGACAGAGAUUUCCCCAAUGACAGACAAAAUGCAGCUCUCCCAUCCUGCCCUCUACCAGAGUGUUUACUCUCAAAUUCUGUCAGAGUUGCCAGCUCUUGCAGGAGACACUCAGUCUUUCCAGGCAGCUGUGCGGUUUUUAACUCUGUUCCUUUUGGCCCCAGAACUACAUCCCAAGAAGGAUUCUGUUUUUAUCUCCAUAUUUCAUUCUGUGAGAAAAGUUCUUGCAGAUCCUGCAAUUUCAGUUCAGGUAAUUCAGGAUUUUGAACCUCAUUUGGGAGCCCUGUUCACCCAAAUGUUAGAGGUUGGGACAACAGAGGACUUCAGGAUGGUGAUGCGGUAUAUUCUCCAAGGAUUAGACAUCUGUAAUAUGUGGAGAGCAGAUUUACAGGCCAUUUUAUCUGCUGUUACAUUGAUCAAGUUGCUACUGAGCUGCCUCUUCAGUGGAGAGAAGGCAAGUUUGUUCUGGCGUGCGUGCCCCCAGAUAGUCACGGCUCUGAUUCUACAAAACCGAGAGGCUUGUCAGGAGCAGCCUGUGCCCCUGGCAGUGGUGGGGCCCAUUUUGGAUGUGCUGGCCACACUGCUGCGGCAGGGGGAGGAGACCGUCAGCAACCCGCACCACGUCAGCCUGGCCUUCAGCAUCCUACUCACAGUCCCUUUGGACCACCUGAAGCCCUUCGAGUAUGGGAGCAUCUUCCCAAGAGUGCACAAUGUGCUCUUCUCAAUCCUGCAGUGUCACCCGAAGGUUAUGCUGAAAGCCAUCCCUUCUUUCUUGAACUGUUUCAAUAAGUUGGUGUUUUCAGUUAUGCAUGAAGGGCGGCAGAAGGACAAAGGAAGCACAGAUGACCUGAUGGUGGUUCUAGACUGUGCCCGCCUAGUGGGAAGGAUGUACAGCCACAUCGCAGCCCGGGCUGAAGAGUUCACAGUGUUUUCCCCCUUUAUGGUGGCCCAGUAUGUGACGGAGGCACAGAAGGUUACCUUGUAUCCGGCGGUGAAAGGCCUUCUGCAGGAGGGCAUCUACCUCAUCCUGGACCUCUGCAUUGAACCAGACAUCCAGUUCCUACGGGUCGCACUGCAGCCAGGAGUGAGAGACAUCUUUAAGGAGCUGUACAAUGAUUACGUGAAGUAUCACAAGGCAAAACACGAAGGAGAGAAGAGAUACACCGUCUAAGGCUGCAGCUUUACAGAGGUGCUGCCAGCAGUGCUGAGUGGCCUUGGCCCCCAGGCUUAAAGAGUGGAGAGUGAAAGACUUCAGAUAUUCUAAUGUGCAGUGUUGGCAUAUGUGGAAAAUCCUUUUCGGUUUAUAUAAUUUAGAUUUUAUUGUCGUGUUUUUCAAACAGUAUUUUUUAACGUCUUUUUAUGCAGUAAGUAUUGCAAUAGAAUCCUGAAAAUAGACACUAGGAUAAGGUGCAUGCAGUAAAAAAUUGCCAGAUCUCUCUGAUGGCCAUUUCAAAUGUCCAAAUGUGGUUCUUGUCUCAAUUCAGUGGUUUGGUUCCCCUCUCCCCACUAAGAACUAUCUAGAACCUGUUUUUUACUUCAGAUACAUGGCUAUAUAAUUAAAUCGCUUUUAAAUAUC